AUGUCAAGCGGCUACGAGGACGAAAUGGAGACGACGCCACCCAAAAAAACGAAAAAAACAAUAGUAAAACGACCAUCUAACGAAGAAUUGAAAAGUAGUAAUGAAAAUGAAGAAGUGCCAAAGAAGUUGAGCGUAAAAAAGAUGGUCCACGAAGCACUAAAAGACUUAAAGAGUAGAAAGGGCACUUCAUUAUACGCUAUUAAGAAGUAUAUGCACGAAAACUAUGACGUCGACGUUGUUAAAGUGAACUAUAUCAUAAAGAAACUGAUUAAAAAUGAAGUGGAAGCUGGAAUUAUAGUACAAGUGAACGGAAUAGGUGCGUCAGGGUCAUUCAAACUCGCACCCGCCGCUGACAAACAGAAAAACAAACCAAAAACAAAGAAAAUCGAAAAGAAAAUCACCGAAAAAACUGACACAAAAACUAAAAAAAGUGAUAAAACAACAACUGACGUUGAAAAAGUAAAGAAAAAAGGUAUUAUAAGAAAGAUGGAAAUAACCGAAGGGGAAAAGAAAGAAAAAAAUGUUAGAAUCAAAACAACAAAACAGUCAAAGAUGAAAAAGAUACAAACUCCACUUAAAAAGAAAACUGCGAUGUCAAAAAGAAAGAGCAUCGGCUCGAUAAUAAAACCGCCCAAAAUGAAGCCAAAAGCGUAA